AAAGUAAUGUUGGACUUUAAGCUGUUAUAAGGUAGUCACGUUAACCGGACUCAGCAUAAAAAUUGCUCUUAAGCACCUUAGGCAUGCGCUGCAUUAUAUGCAAUGGGGAAAAUAAUGUUCAUCGAGCUGAUAGAUAAACUCGCAUUUUCGAAUUUCUCGAUCACUUUCGUAGUUUUUGUCGGAAAUAUAUUCUGGCGAAUAUGAGAUUCCGCUAAUUAAACAUGUAUUUAUACGAAAACGAAACGCGGUAUGUGUACUCAUGGAAUUCGGUGGACGUGGAAAUGGACGGGCUGCUUCAGCAUGGCCAUAUUAUCGGCCUGGAAAAUGUCGAAGGCAACGCUCCACGUCUCAUUGUGGAUUUCGGAUGUCCAGAGCAGCGAGCGGUACCGGUUGAUUACGGGAAAAUUUUCGACUGCUCUGCCAACCACCGCACCAGAGAAAAUUCGCUGAAAUACAAUUUCAAACACCUGAAAGAUAAAUUGUCCGGCGCCCUUGCUUCUGCCAAUGAUACCAAUGACGUUGACGUGGAGGUUCUAAUUCGGAACCAUCCUAGUCAUCCCUGGAAGUGGUAUCUCGGUGAACUGCUAAUGCUCGGGCUUCAUAUAAAAGAAUGGGCAUGCGUUGAAGUGAUGCUGGGAUGUUAUCGCACACGAGAGCUGCUUCCGCAGGCGCAGAUGCGCAUGCCGCUGGCCAAAGCAGAACUCCGCCACCGACAACUCUCGCCGGGUGUAUUUGUGAUGCGGCUGUGCGGUGUUCCUGAAGAAUACUUCUUGUUGGAUUCUGCGAUGCAGAGGCAGUUCCUCCGUGAGCUCCAAGAGGAACACAAGCUGCACAUUGAAUACUUUUGCAAUUCGACGAUCCACUAUCUCCAACGAACCAGCGCGAGACCAGUGCGCUAUUCCACGCUCAAAAGUAUGAUUGAUUAUUACCGCGUCUCCAUAAGGUAUCCUGUGAAAGUAUUAUCGAUUGAAGCACAUAGCCAAAAUAAUCAGAUGGAUGCGGAAUGCGUCAACGCCGACAGCCCAGCUUUAAGACUUCCGCCGGAAAUUUUAAAGGACGUACUGCAGUCAUUGGCCACUAUUGACCGGCAGCGCUGCCGCCGGGUCUGUCCACUGUGGGAAGAACUGCUGACGGCGUCGGAACGUGGUCAGGAUGUUCAUGUUCAGUUGGCGGCAGAUCACUGGAUUCCGCAUUACAGCGCAUACGCUUGUCUUUUUAAGUGCAUCACGCCAGUCACGCGCACCAUCUGCAUACGCGAGUCCGUUAGCGAAACUCUUCGCUACCCACAAUUCGAAGAUUAUACAGUUGCCGGUCAAGCGUUGGGCUACAUUGGCAAGGUCGUCGGCACUGUCGGUGCACGCAUUGAACGCGUGAUUCUGUCCCAUCGUCGGCUUAGCAAUGAGAAUGCGAGCCGUACUUUGCCAGGCUACUUGAGCAGUUUAGCUGCAACAUACUUGCGUCACACGGUAUGGUGUGAUCGCAUAAUCUGGACCGAUUAUUCUCUAUCGGUCUCUGCACCCGUAUACAACAUCCACUUCCAUAUUCCACGGGCGGUUUUCCGUCUGCACCACACUGACGCCCUGCAGAUUUGGGAUUUAUUCGAGGAACAUUGCCAGCAGCGAAAGCUCGUGGAUAUGGAUCGUAUUACUCAGGGGACUGCAUAUCACACCCGGUCAAAAUUCUCAGAGUGCGGUCAGAUUACCGAGAUUCUGAUGGCGUAUCAGAGCAGUGAUCCGCGUCCCGCUUCGAGCUAUUUCCAGUGGAACUGGACUUUGGAAGAUCUUGACAGUCUGGACAUUCGGAAACUGAAUAAGAUCUGCUUGUGUGUUCUGUCCGGUUACGUGACCGAGGCGAGCAACGCCUCGUCGGCGAUUAGUGAAACCCCUGGAGAAGGUGAAGAGAUAGGCGAAAGUGAUGGAAAGGACAAGGUGGACGCGCUCCUACAAACCGGUGGACGGCGCAUCAUCCAAUCACCAAAGAAGUAACCAACCUCCACGAUUUAGUCGGUUGAAGGAAUGCUGACAGAUUGGUAAAUCUUGGUUGGAUCCAUGAAUUAAAUAAAAUUUUUAAUGUGAACUUAUUUCUUUUUUUUGCCACUGAGCUUAACGACAUGCGACCAUUAUGAUGAUGCGCAGAAAUUUCGUGUGCCUUUGAGAGCGUAAAGUAACACUUUUCCAGCCCAGAAAACUGAGCACCACACUACCACUACUGCUACACUACCACUACCACUACUGUCCAGUGUUACCACUACUGUUGCGACUUUGUGUGUAGAUAUUGCU